AUGGCUAGUAAAGCCGAAGAUCGCAAGGAGCCAGUAAAUGAACAGGCAGUUGCAAAUAUGUAUGCAGCUAUGAGGUCAGACCUCAACCAAAUCUACACCAAAAUAACUGAACUGGAAAUGGAAGUAAGCGAGCACUCGUUGGUUCUUAAUGCCAUUCAGCCGCUUGACCAAUCUAGACGAUGCUAUCGAAUGAUCGGAGGGGUGCUUGUGGAAAGAACCAUCAAAGAGGUCUUGCCUGCUGUGCAGCGAAAUAAAGAAGGACUUGAAGAGGUUGUUACAAGGCUUAACGAAACACUGGAAAAGAAGAAAAAGGAAAUUGCUGAGUUUGAGACUAAAUAUAAAAUCAGGAUGAGGAAAGCCGACGCCGAGGUGAAUGAUGAAUCUGGUAAGAAGGAAGGUUCUGCUCAAGGAGUACUUGUGGGCCCUGCAGGUGGUGGUGAAUGA